CAGUUUCACCGUUGACCGUCGCGGCGCGCGCACUCUCCGAUCACGAGAAAGUGGCGGUAAACAAACCUCAAACAAACAAAGAAAAAAAAAGUGUGACCAAGAAUCCUAAAAUUCGAAAUUUUGUAAUGCGUUCUAAAUUCGGAGCCUGCGAGCGAGGCAUUUGUGAUUGAUGUUAAAUAAAUCAGAAAUUUACUUAGACAAAUACGAUCAAUUUAGAACAAAAGCGAAAUAAAACUUAUUAAUCAGAUAGUUCGUGUUUAUAUUAUUACGGUAAUAAUAAUAAGAACGUGGAGAUUUCAUAAAAUUAGACGUACUUAUUUAUCUGUCAAUAUUUUAUAUGAAUUUUAUUUAAAUUCUAUGUUUUAUUUAAAUUAAUUCACAUUACAAUAAUAAAACGCUUUGCCUGUGAUACAUACGUGCUUUGGAAUAAUUUAUUGAAAAAUAAUAAGUAAAUAAUGUUUUAUAAUCUCAAUUGUGAUGUUAGUUGUAGUGAAAAAAAUUACAAUUGAGGGCACGGCGUCGCGACGGGCGGUCAUGCGGUGACGCCAUGUUCAAUUUCUUCAAAAGGAAAGGCAAGGUCGAGCCGGGUCCGGCCGAGCGCGGGCGGAAACAGCCGACCGCCGACGCGGUAAAACUGACCGCAGUCGAGGGCCGCGCCUCACGAAACGACGCCACGAGCGACAAGCCGACCAGCAAGGAUGUAGUGAACCUGCUCAUCCCGGAGACGGACUACCAGCAGAAGACCGGCGUCGGAGCCAUCCUGGACAUCAUGGCCGGCAAGAGACGCCGCGGCAAACGCAGGCCCGGCCAGAGGUCCGAGUCGUGCCGACACAGUCCGCCCAAGCAGAGCUUGCAGCGAAGUCCGUCGGCCGCCCAGCCGCCCACGUCCGCCCGAAAUAACGACGCGGACGCAGACGAUCCGGCGGAGUUCGUCAGGGCGCUCGUUUUGCAGAAAUACGCGAAGCCGACCGACAAAGAAGAUAAACACGUGUCAAUGGUUUACGUCUCACAGCAGCCAAAUAUAGAUGAGAAACGACACACCGAGGCAUUGCUGAGGGAGAUCGCGAGGAGCAUAGACUGCACCGUCGAUCAGAUCAAUGAGGGGAAGCAGAUGGGGUCCGCGGACAGCAAGGACGUGAGCGAGCCCGUCUACGAGACGGUGGACGGCGUCGACGCUUACAAGAACGAACUGAAAGACGAACUCAACAAAUUGUUAGACGUCCAGAAUCGUUUGGAGGCUGAAUCUCCUUCUACGGUGAAGAAAUCCAACUUGAAGCUACCGAAGUCAGACACUGAGGGGUGUUCGGACGACGACAGAUCAGAUAGCGGCAAGAAGAGGGUUACAUUCAGGAAGCACAUAGUCUUCGAUGAUGGAGAGCAGCAGACUGAUGAUGGAGCCGACUCGUCGUUUGAGUCCCUCUCUUCCGGCGACGACGUCGAAGAAGACGAAGGAUACCUUGGCGUCUACGAGGACAAUAGAACAGUUAUUAAUGUUAAAAACGGUGAGCCGGUCACAAUUGCGGUUACUUGCAACGAAGAAUUCAAAAGAAUAUCUAGUGAUAACAGUGAUAGUGGUUUUAUAGAUGAGAAAACGGGUGAGGACUUGACCUGUGCCGGUAAGAGUGUAGUGGAGAGUGAGAGUGAGAGUGAGGAGGAGAUCAUAGAGGAGAUAGAAGAAAUAGAAGAAAUAGAGGAGAUAGAAGAAAUUGAAGAAGAAUAUAUAGACGAAGAGGAAUCUAGUGAAGAUGACGAGAAAAGCCUCGUGAGCCAAGAGAAGUUCCAGAACCAUGUGGCCGCUAUCGCAGAGCUAUCUGACUCAAGGAUAGAAGAGGCGCAACGUGCGAAAGAUCUCAUUGUGACGUACAGAAAAGAAAUAGAGACCAAAGACCAGGAAAUCGAAGAACUGAAAUGUGAGCUGGCAGCGGCUUACAAAGAAUCGGAAUUAGUUAGGCAAAGGAGUAGCUCGUUGGAAGACGAGCUAAACGCGGCCAGGACCUGCUCCGCCGACUUAGCCGACCAGCUGCAAAGGAAAAACGAUGAAUCUCUUCGCCAGCUCCGAGCUGAGCUGGAAGAUGCUCAGGCUCUGCGAGCUGAACUCGAGUCCAGGGUGCUGGCUUUGGAGAGAGAUAGAGAUAGACUGCUGCAAGAGAGAACCUUGCAAGAAGAGAGAGCCAAAGAAGCGUUAGCGUCCGCUGAAGCUGACACCGCGAAAUGGCGGCAGGCUCACGAGGCGGUCAGAUCUCAAGCCGCCGCGAGGGCGGAGAGGAUGCUCGGAGACUGCGAGUGGAAGAUGAGGGAGCUUGAAAAGAGGGCCAGAGAAGCAGAGAAAUCUAAAAAAGAGCUCACAGAGGAAGUGGAAAAACUGAAGGCGGCAUCGCGACCGACUCCGUCGCACGUCGCCGAGCUCCAGCAGCUGCGGGGCCUGGCUUCGGAGCAGCAGCGGUCCGUUCAGUCUCUAACCUUGCAGCUGCAGAGGGCGGAGACGAGGGAAGAGACUCUCAAACUCGAGGCCCAUAGACUGAAAGAGCUGUUGGAGAGAGAGACGGUCAGCGGGAAAGAAAAAGAAGAACGCCAUCAGCAGGCAAUCAAACAAUUAGAAGAGAAGCACAGUAAGGCGAUCGAAAAUCUCAAGUCUGAACACGCCAGUUCUGCUGCAGCAUCACGCGCGGCGGUGGAGCGAAUGCACGCCGAGAGGACGAGGUCAGCAUUAGCUCAGUUGAGAGCCGAAGCUGACCAGGAAGCCAGGAACGCUGACAGAAAACUAAGAGAGGUCACUACUAGGUUCGAAAACCUCAAAGAAGUACUGGCGAGCAAGGAGGCCCAGUUCGAGCACGCGAUCUCGGAGGCGCACAGCAAGGCGGACUGGGACGUGCUACAGCUGCGCCAUCUGCUGGACAAGGCCGACAUUAACUAUGCAAACAACAUUGAGCUAAUGACGGAGAGGCACGAGAAAGAGAAAGAACGCUUAACAGAAGAAUGGGAAGCGAAACUUCGGGAAAUCGAAGAGCAAGCUUCGACCGCGGCGAGCGAAGCUAAGAAGCUUCUAGAAACGACGAGAGCCAAACUCGUUGCAGAGAGAAUCGAGCAAAUCAAUAAACUAAAAGAAAAUCAUCGUGAUGAGAUGAACGAACAAUGGGAACAGUUUAUGAUCGACAAAGAGAAUUGCUUAGCGCGAAUGAAGAUGGAAUGUAGACAGGAGGGAGAAGAAGAAAGAGUUAAAAGAGAGAAGGAACUGUUAGAAGAAAUUACUGAAUUAAAAUCUCAAAUCCAAUCAAAAUCAGUCGAUUUCGACAAUUUGGCCGUCAAAGCUGCCGCCUGCGGUAGGACUUUAGCAGUUACCGAGCAGGAACUAAGAGAGGCGUUGGCGAGAGAAAGAGAAUUGAGAGAGAAGAGAUCAGAGGAUUCGUCUAAAGUGAAACAAAUCGAAAAAUCGUCUAAGGAACAAAUUGAGCAUUUGACAAGGAAAUGCGCUUGCCUGAGAAAGCUUUUCGACGACGUGCGCUCCCGGCUGACGGCUCGCGAGCGCACAGCCGAGCAAGAAGCACGCGCCAAAGACAAAGAACUAAAUCAUUUACGCGCCGAAGUUGCUAGACUCACUAAAAUACUCGUUGAACAAAGGCACGAGGACCAGAGCUGACGGCUGCGAGACGAUCCUGAAGGCCGAGGAGCUAGCCAAGACCGAGGGCAUCCAACGCAAGAAGGGUAUGUCACUGUGACCGUGUACAUAAUAGGUAAGACUCUAUACUAACUGGCCAGCUUAUAUUAACAUGUCAAUAAUUUUUACAGGUGCUCACAUCACUAGAACAUCUUAGGAUAAUCUGUUAGGUCAAAAUUUAAAUGUGAACCUCUUAUUCUCCUGGUAUUUAUUUUUUUCGAUAAAAUAAAUCAGCUAAAAUUUUGCGUGUAAACUCUUUGUAUGUAUAUUCUCCUGGUACUUUUUUCAAACCUGUUAACACCCACAUACCCGUGCGCCACAUAGGCAUGGAAACCUCAAGCAUGAGGUUUGGCCCGUUGCCCGAAAAAAAGAAAUUACAUUAGCAACUCCAAAAGUCACCAAAACAGCGCAGCGUAGCUAUGAAUGUGACAUGAUUGCGCUACUCGUGAAUGGAGUUAAGGUGUCAUUCGAACAAUUUAUCGUCGUCGCGGCCUAAAGGAUAAGACGUCCGGUGCAUUGGUAUGUAGCGAUGCACCGGUGUCCGAAUCCCGCAGGCGGGUACCAAUUUUUCCAAUUAAAUGUAUGUGAUAAAUGUCCGAAUGAAAUGUCAAACCAAUGUUCACGAUUGACUUCCACGGUGAAGAAAUAAUCGUGUAUUAAAAAUCAAACCCGCAAAAUUAUAAUUUGCGUAAUUACUGGUGGUAGGACCUCUUGUGAGUCCUCACGGGUAGGUACCACCACCUUACCUGUUUCAACCGUGAAGCAGUAAUACGUUUCGGUUCGAAGGGUGGGGCAGCCGCUUUAACUAUACUAAGACCUUAGAACUCAUAUCUAAAGGUGGGUGGUGCUGUGUGGGUGGUGGGUGGUGCAGUAACCAAUUAACACCAGGUGGGUUGUGAGCUCGUCCAUACAUGCAAAAAAUAUAUGCGGCGCCAUCUUUGAUAUUACACCACUUGCUAACGAGGCGUCGCCACGGUCGGUCGCUUUCCGAGAGAUAGUUCUUCACCCACAGUGUGCAAAGCUUAAAUAAAUAAAACGCGAACCCACUGGGCAAUCAUGAGUUCACAGAUCCAGAGCGUCACUCAACUUUUAACUCCGUCCCGUAGCCGUAGCAUUCAAUACACAAUUUUGAAUGUUUUUAAUAAAAAUGAUAUUGUGAAAUUCAUGUAUUGAAACUACAGAUUUCGAGGUUAGAAUUAAAAAAGCAAACGUCUAAGGGUGCUUACACUGUAGCGAUGUGUGAAUGUAAAUAUACAUUUGUAAAUAAUAUUAAUAUGUUUAACAAAUUAAUUUGGUGGAAUAAGCAUUAUUAAGUUUAUAAUGCGAAGUAAUUCGCUUACUAAGGUCAUAAUAAGACUUCUACUAAAAUACUUUCCGUUUUUGUAGAUAGAAAUUUUGCUUUAAAAUACUUCGCUAUGUAGAUGUAACUUACUUAUUUUCUUUUAAAACAAAAUCUCCCUUCACAAUGUUGCAAUGAAGGAUGGUUUAGAAUUUUAAGGCGAAUGCUAGCAGUCAACGAUACAUUAAACUUGAUUUUAAAGGUGGAUCACUCAAGACGCCCGAACCGAUAAGGAAACGCCCGACAUUGCCGGAACUGACACCGCUGCCGCCGGAAGCGCGUCGCACGCUGUACGAUUACGGAAGCGGACGCAGACGAGCGAAGAGCGUCGAUCUACCGGCAGUACAAGUUCCGGUCAGGAUAAAACAACUAGAGGAGAGAACUAAAGAAUAAAUUCGAACCUUUCUAAAUGAUACUACUACCUCUAAGCUCUGAUAGCCUGGUACUAGCAUUGCUAUAGCGGAACCUUAAAAUACCUUCUGCCGGCAAGUUUCCACCACAAUCGACCAGACUCUUGACGCUGGACCUCAAGCCUCAAGCCGGCGGUGAUACUGAAUUAAAACCACUUUACGUAUUUCUCAAUAGUGAAUGUUUUAUGCAAGAUAUUGCCCUAUAUGUAGAUAUUUUUUGUUAUAAAACAAUAUGGCUUUGUACUCUUUCGUUAAAGCUAAUUUAUAAGUUAAAGAGUAUUUAAAGUAUUAUUUAAAAUGUUUGUACAAUACAAAAUAUAGAAAUAAUAAAUCGAAAAUGACUUCUCCAAAA